CGCUCGGCCGGGCGCCUCCCGUCGCGUUCUUAUCCUCCCCCCGCCCCGGGGGCCAGCCACACCAAGUCCAUCCCCACCCAUUUAUACCUACCUGCCCGUCCCUGCCUCCGCCACCCACGCCGUGUCACAGCGCUGCUUUUGCUCCAUCUCUUUCUCUCUGCCUCUGCCUGCUCUGAUCGUUGAGUGCUCGUCGUCUGGUCUGAUCUCGGGGUCUCGGAGGAUCUUGGAUCAUGGAGGCCGCGUACUACUUGUUCCGCAGCGGGAGGCCGGAGGCGGCCACCGCGUGCGAGGAGCAGGAGGAGGACAUCGGCUCGCCGUCGGAGUCCUCCGAGUCGUCGUCGCCGUCCACGUCCGGGGAGUCUUCCGAGCUCGACGACGACGCGAGCUCCUCCUCCUCCACCGGCUCCGACCGCUUCGAGAUGUCCGGCCUCAUGACGGAGCUCCCCUUCAAGAGGGGCCUGUCCAGGUUCUUCGACGGCAAGUCCCAGUCCUUCGCCUCGCUCGCCGCCGUGGGGUCGCUGGAGGACCUCGCCAAGCCGCCGCGGAAGCGCCUCAAGCCGUCACGGAGCUGCGGCGGGGGACUCGACGCGCACCGCGGCCGCAUCCUCUCGCCGCGAAGGCAUUGCACCAAGGCCGUCGCCAGGAAGGCGGCCGUGAGGACCGGCGCGCUCGCCGUGCUCGCGGCUGCCGCGCCGAGAAGGCCGCCGCUGGUGGCGGCGCCCAGGCCCGACGGCGUGGCCGGCAACGUUCUGGUCGUUAGUUGAGGGGUUCGUCGGAUUGGCUUGGCUUCGCUUCAAAAUGGUGGGGCGGAGGCACACAGCUACAGGCCUACAGGCUACAGCUACGCGGCGCCGCAUCCACCUGCCUGACAGCCUGAACUACAGCCAAGACAAUGGCGUGUUCGUUGUUUGUUGUUUCCUAAUGCGUUCGUGAGCUUUUGCAAUGCAAAUCCACGGUUGAAUUAGAAUGGCUACUCCAACUGGCAAGAAACAUUUCAGCAUCCAGUGCAUUUUCAUCGUACUCAAAUAGUAGCCAAAUCAUUGACUCGCAUUUUUCCAGGAACAUUGGAGUGUAAUAACGAAUAAAGAAUACUUGGUUUA